UCUAAUGAGAUGUCUGCAGCCUGGGUGCCGAGCAGCAGCAGCAGCAGCAGCAGUAACAGCAGCAGCAGCGGCAGUGUGUUAACCAAAAGGCAACGAGGGGAAAAAGCCACGUACAGCAAGAGCAAGAUGGCUUUUCCUGCAUUGUGAGGGGAUUUUAGCUUUAAUAGUCGCCUUCAGGCUCCUGGGAUUUAAGACAAAAGGGCUUGGCUGUGGGCUUUCACAAUAGAAGACAGCAGCUCCAAAUGAGUGUACCUGCAGCAACGUCGGCGCAGAAAUCAGACAACAGUGAGAUGCAAUCGGCUGCAGUGGCUCCCUCCUUCAUCCCCAGCCAGACGGGGAAGAUACCGGGCAGGAAGAGAGGGAGACCCCCGCUCCGCAAUGUCGCCAAGAUGGAUUUUCCAAACCGUUACCCCGAGUCGCUGCCACCGCUCAAAGUGCCCAAGAAGAGGGGGAGAAAGCCGGGCUUCAAGCUCAAACCCAGGAUGGUGAUGACACCGCUGGCUAUAUCUCCACCCAGCAGCACCCCUGAGCCUGAUAUGAGCUCCAUUCCACAGGAUGCUGCCACCAUCCCCCACUCUGCCACACCCCAGGUGCUCACAGUCUGUAUCUACAUCAACAAGCAGGCCAACACUGGUCCCAACCUGGACAGGAAGAAGAUCCAGCAGCUCCCCGACCACUUCGGACCCGACAGACCCUCUGUGGUGCUGCAGCAGGCCGUCCAGGGCUGCAUCGAUAGCGCCUUCCAGCAGAAAACAGUGUUCACUCUCCUCACGCAAGGCUACGGGGGAGAAAAAAUAUCAGCCACGUUUGAUGGGAAGCAGCAUCUCCUGAGUCUCCCCGUGGUGAACAGCAUCGACUAUGUGCUUCGCUUUCUGAAGAAGCUCUGUCGCAGCUUGCACUGUGAAAACCUCUUCAGUGAUCAGCCCAUUACCCAACACAGCGGUGGCUCCUACCAGUCAGACGCAGAAACAUCCAUGGCAGAGGACUACCAUUUAGACCAGUCAGACGGGAAACGCUACUCCGUCGAUCCUGGAGAUUCUGCUUUCAGCACCAUAAGCUCGUCCUACUCGCCAAAGUCCUCCUAUGGGUUUCGUUCGUCGCAGCAGUUCUCCAACGGUUCGGCCUCCAUGAGCAUGUGCAGACAGUCGGCCACCAGCCCAAACACCUUCCCAGAGAGCAACAGGACAGGAGGCUAUAAUACAUCCUCAGAGUCCCAGGAGUCCAAAGCUCCAUCCAAUAAGGACCCGUCCACCUGGUCUGUGGAGGAUGUUGUUUGGUUCAUCAGGGAUGCGGAUCCCCAGGCUCUCGGCCCUCACGCAGACGUGUUCAGGAAACAUGAGAUAGAUGGAAACGCUUUGUUACUGUUAAAAAGUGACAUGAUCAUGAAGUACCUCGGACUGAAGCUGGGGCCGGCCUUGAAGCUUUGCUACCACAUCGACAAACUUAAGCAGACUAAGUUCUGAAAACUGUCCUGCCCUUAAAUCCAGAUGUGAGAAGGGUCACAUCUGGAGACCCCCCAGAUCUGUGAGCCAAUGGGAAGAAUGUAGAAUCUCCACCAGCUUGAGGUGCGUCACUUCAGUUAGGGUUGCCCAAUGUGAGAUGUGUCCCUUUCUCUUCUUCAAAUAGGUUAACAGUUCUGCAGUUGUUUAGCUCCUUUUUCAGUGGUAUAAUGCAAUAAGUAACAAAAAAAUCCACAAAAGCCACACAAUAGGUGAAAUGUGAAGGCAGAUAGACCUGUACUUUUAGUCUUUUAUGAAGACUUUAGCAUUAGGAAGGUGAGACGAAAACAAAGCGACAUCCAGCUUAAUGCUGAAAUUAGGGAGUAAACAUGAACGUAAGAUUCUCCAAUCACCUGCAGCUUUUCUAACAUCAAUCAGAUUGUAUUUAUUUUUGCUUUAAUUUUACCUAAAACACUGUAAAGAAAAAAAAGACAAUGUACAUAGUUUUUAACUUGACAAAAACCUGCAGUAAUUGAUUUUUUGCCUGCCCAACAGCAGUGGAAAAGAUCUGUAAUCACACUAUCACACUAUUACAUCAUAUUUUCAGCUCCUCCAGCAAAUGCAAUUGCACAUGUUAUGCAUCGACAAUAUCAUUCAUCUGGAGUCACAGUUUUGGCUACUUGGUGUAUCCAAGCCCAAUAUUAACUCUCUUGUAGCUCCAUUUUUGGUCUCCACCAACUCCUGAGGGAAAUAUCCUGCUCAUUAGCUGCUGAAUGCUCCACUUUUUGUUUUCUUUUCACCAGCUCGUGAGACUGUGACUUUUUGACCUUUGGUGCUGAGAAGGCAGAGAUAGAGAUUCUGAAAUCAGCUGUCUUAUGUGGCCAAAACAAUGCAUUUUAAGAGAGAAAAAUUAGCCGAAACUCUCUGUGAAGCUGCACAAAGCCGCGAGAAGCCACAGAUUUAGAUGAUCAUUCUGUCUCGGCUCACCAUUAUGAGCAAACCCCUUAAAAAUGUUGUAAUAAAAACACCUGUUUGGAGAAAAUAGAAGAAACUCUAUGAACACUUUCAAGCCUGGACUGGUGCGCCUCUUUCCUGGAGAUGUUUCUCUUUUCCCAUUGGCUCACAGACUAGAAGCGAAGGUUUGAACCAUCUUGGUGCAUUUUGCUAAAGAUUUCCAUGAUGUCAUUUAGUGCUCUUCUUCUCUUCCUUACUCUACUUUUGGCACAGAUUUUGAACUUCAGAUUGUGUAAGUGCAUCUUUCAUACACGUCACACGACAUAAUGUAAUCAUUAAAAGAAGGCCAGUGUUUUGUCUGACAAACCUUCCUGAGCAGCACAUCUGUCUGCUGCAUUAUAUAUACUCAUCAUCUGACAAGAAAUGUAUAACAGAAAACACUUUAUACCUUAAGAAACUCCUUCUCGAUCUUGUUUACUCGUGUCGACCGAGCUGAAAAACAUAUCUAUUACUGUACUGACAAAUGGUGCAUUAAAUGCUACGUUGCUUUUUGAUUGAGAGAUUUAGAAAAUCAUUUUGAUACUAUUUUUUCACAUUACUGUGUAACAGAAAGUAAUGUCCCCAUUGAAUUUGUCAUUUCUUUUUUUGCUAUGAUUUUCAUAUAAAAAAACAGUAUAACCUAACAACGCAGAACAAUAGACAGACUGCAGCUCUCUUGUAAAUGUACAGUAUAUAAAGAAAAGCGAGAGCAUUGUGAACGUGAUAUAUUUAUGUUUCAUUAUGCAAGGUUGUUACAUGCUAAUUCUCUCCAUAGCCUCCUCAUGUAUACUCACAAGAACGUUUUUUUAAAACGCAUAUGUUUCUAUGUUUUUAUCAAGCAUCAGUGUUGAUACAGAAACACGUGAAACACUUAAAUGUCCCACUGAGAAAACCUACACGGCCAUGUAAAUGGGUAUAUAAUAUACUAUUGCUUUUGUAUACCACUUUUGGUGUGCAGUAUGCAUCCUUUUUUAAUCAAUUAACCUUUGUAAGUGAAUGCUGCUGUAAAGAUAUUACAUGUAAGCCAUGCCUAGUGAGAUCAAACCAAGGUGUUUUAUUUUGAAAAUCACUAUGAAUAAGAGUUUUAGAGACAGCUGAGCAGGAUCAGUACUCUGCGCUGGUGCUAAAAGUUAUCGACGUAUUUAACUGUUUGCUUUUGUGUUUGUGAGAUGUAAAGGAAAUCUUACGUGUAUGCCGUACUGUAUGUGAGUAUUAAAUUAAGAAAUCAAGUAAUCAGA